AAAGGAGUCUCAGGUAAGAACAAGAAAAGCUAGCAGCGCAGCGGUAUAGUUAGGUGACUACCCAGACCUGGGUAGAUGCCUGCAUGGCCCCCACGCCACUUUUGCCCCGGGAUCAUACCCUGACCUGGCCCCCUUGCCCCGUGUGGCCCGGGGAGCCCGCACGUCCGCGGAGCGCUUGCCCUUCUCCAUCUCAAGGUUACAAGACUGGCGGGAACGCAGGGCAGCCGUAACAGCCCGAAGAGGUGCUGAGGGAGCUGCAACCGGUGCGCAGGCCGCCAGCCUCACCCGCUCCCAUGCCCCACUUCACCUCGUACGCUGGAAGUCAUACUCAUGGCACCGUCGCUUGCAAGAAUGUACACAAGACACUGAGCACAGACCAGCUCGAGCGGACAGCGGGAGUCAAGGUGCGACAGGCGUCUGUCCUAACGGCCAACUGCAGGCUGCGACCGCGCAGGCGCCGCGGUAGGCCAUAAGCACGUGUGUAUUAAGCAGCCGGGCUGAUGCUGAGCAUGCGCGAAGCUGCGUUCCGGGCCUUUAGGAAGUCCUGAGUCCGGAUUUUGACAGCCGUAAGAGGUGGGAGGAGGAAAAGACCAAGAGAGAUCGCAACUGAGUUUGCGCAGUCCUGAGGUGCUUGGACCUGGAGCCCAGCGGACGGGCCUUUGGAAUAAGGAAUCCGGACCAGGUUUUACGUCUCUCCCAGGGUGGGAGUUGGAGAAGGAGGUGAUUGCAGUUAAAGGGUGGCCUUCCAAGCCUCCCUGGGCACCGCUACUGCCUCCCAACUCUCCUAACGCGUGAUUGACUGCCCCUCACAACUGGGAGCCCCUCAUGUCUUUGAGCUUAACCCCGGGAAGCGCUGAAGCGCACACUGAAUGAAUGAAGGCACACCAGCCCUGGCAGCACCGUAUACUGCAACAUCCAGAUGGCACAGUUUUGAAACAGUUGCAGCCACCUCCAAGGGGUCCAAGAGAGCUGGAAUUCUAUAAUAUGGUAAGUGAGGUUUAUGCUGCUGAUUGUACUGAUGGUGUUCUUUUAGAGCUACGAAAAUAUUUGCCAAAAUAUUACGGUAUCUGGUCACCUCCCACUGCACCAAAUGAUUUAUACCUAAAACUGGAAGAUGUGACCCAUAAAUUUAAUAAGCCCUGUAUAAUGGAUGUAAAGAUAGGGCGGAAAAGCUAUGAUCCUUUUGCUUCAUCUGAGAAGAUUCAGCAACAGGUCAGCAAGUACCCAUUAAUGGAAGAGAUUGGGUUCUUGGUGCUUGGCAUGAGGGUUUAUCAUGUUCAUUCUGAUAGCUAUGAGACACAAAACCAGCACUAUGGAAGAAGCUUAACAAAAGAAACUCUAAAGGAUGGAGUCUCCCGUUUUUUUCAUAAUGGAUUCUGCUUAAGAAAAGAUGCUAUUGCUGCCAGUAUUCAGAAGAUUGAGAAUAUUCUGCAGUGGUUUGAAAGCCAGAAGCAGCUUAACUUUUAUGCAAGUUCAUUACUGUUUGUUUAUGAAGGUUCAUCUCAGCCAACUACUGCAAAAUUGAAUGACAGAACUUUAGCAGAAAAGUUUUUGUCCAAAGGACAGCUCUCAGACACAGAUGUACUAGAGUACAAUAAUAACUUUCAUGUAUUAAGUUCCACAGCGAAUGGAAAAAUAGAGGCUUCAGUGGGCAAAAGCUUGUCCAAAAUGUAUGCUCGUCACAGAAAAAUGUAUUCAAAAAAGCAUCACAGUCAGACUUCAUUGAAAGUUGAAAAUAUAGAGCAAGACAAUGGGUGGAAAAGCAUGUCACAGGAACAUUUAAACGGAAACGUACUUUCCCAACUGGAAAAAGUCUUCUACCAUCUUCCUACUGGUUGUCAAGAGAAUGCGGAAGUAGAAGUGCGAAUGAUAGACUUUGCUCAUGUGUUCCCUAGCAACACAGUAGAUGAGGGAUAUGUUUAUGGGCUGAAGCAUUUAAUUACUGUACUGCAGAGUAUUUUAGAUAAUUGAAUCCUUUGCUGCAAUCUUAAAGGGGUGGGGCAAUCAUAAUAAAGAGCAGCAGUCAAUAACUCUGCACUUGUAAUGCUGUGUAAAAAAUUUGUAUUGUGAGUCUACAUUUUAUUUGUCUUUAUACUUUUGGUAGAAGGGUUAACUUUUUAUAAUCUUACUCAGGAAAACUAAUUAUUUGUUCUUUAGAAAACUAUAAAGAAUAAAGAAACUUAGGAAUGUUAAGCAGGGAAUGUGGUGGUACGUGGCUUAAACAUCUAUUUGGCUUAAGCAAAAUGCAAACCAUUAUUCAGUCAUUACGAGUUCAGUUAGCUUUCUGUAGCCAAUUUAUUGUGAAAUCUCUGUCCACCCACCCUUGACAAUGAGCCAUAUGUAAACUCAUUACACUAUUAGAACACUUUCAAAAAUCUGGAAAGCACAGGUUGAUAUCCUUAGUAUUGCUAUGUAUGAAGUUAUUCAAACUGGAGAAAAUUCUACAGAAAUAAGUACUGUUUAGGUUUUAUAUUAAAAGUUCAGACCAGCAUAUCAAAAGGUGCUUCUUAGAAGUAAAAUGAUUUAGAAUCAUUGUAUUCCAAAAGCAGAUUUUCACUUUAAUUUCCAUUUAUAUACAUAUUUCAAAAUACUUCUUGAAAAAGAUCAUUGAAAUGGACAACAACAACAACAAAAGUCCUGACAUUAAGGGCACUAAUAAUUAGUCUUGCCAAGGUUAGGGGAGAGAGAAGUUAUUUGCAAGGAACAAAAUGUUUUUCUUUUAAAAUCUUUAUGGGAAAAUUGGAAUUUUACUACAUUGUGACAAGUAUUAUAAACCAUAUAAUACCUUUUACUGCAGCUUCAAAAAGGUGGAUGAUUGAAGCUCUUCUUAUUUCUCCUUUAAAUAACUUUUGAGAGUUUUUUUCUUUUAUAUUCAUGUAUUUAUAUGUCCCCAUUUAGUUAAGCAGUGGUAUGAAUAUAUGUUGCUAAAAAGUGUUUCUCAGAAUUCUAAUAAGCAGUGAAGGACAACAUCCAGUAUUGUGAGUGUUAUCAAAAAUACUGUGUGUAUAGUAGUACGUCAUACAGAGUUUGGUACAUGUCUAAGUUCAUGCUUCUGUUUCAUUCUUACUUAAGACAUUUGUAUAUCAUAUUCAAGAGAGAAAUUAUAAUUUAACUUCAUGGAGGGGGAACAGUACUAUUUUUCUUGGAAAAAUUAGAUUUGUAAGUAUUAUCUCUGUUUCACAUCCACCCCUUUUAAAAAAUACCUAGUUAUUUGUUAUUGGAAACAUUUAGAACUUUGAAAUUAAAUUUGCAAAUAUGUUAAAUGUUUUCAUUACUUGCACCUUGAUUCACUAAUAAAACAUCUAAGUAGUUAACAGUUUUGCCAUAUUCCUGGAAAUUGAUUUAGGCUUGUGAACUGUUAGACUGUUUUCCCCCCAAAAUUACAAAUUAAACUUUUAAAUUCAAGGGCCUUUUUUUAGUGUGAAGGAAAGUAUCACAAUUUUAUGUUUAUCUCACCUUCCCAACCCUCUCUGAGUGUACUUUUGCAAGUAUCUGAGCACAAAGAAAAGUAACAAAUGCCCUAUGGAUUCUGUGCUUAGUAAAUUUAUUAGGCCUGAAUACCUUUAAAAUACAUAUGCAUUUGUUAUAGCAAAAUUUGAUUAUUUAAAAUUUUUAAUUUAAAGUCAGUGUAGGUAUUUUCCAUAAGGACUUCAUAUUUUUCUCUGCUGCCUAAAUGGGUAUUGCCAUAGCUUUUUUUGUGGAGAUAAAGUUCAAGUCAUAGUUAAUAGAAAUUUUUUAGUUUUACUUUUUUUUGUCCCACAGUGUAGACUUUUGUUGUUGUUGUUAUUUGGAUAGUGGUUCAAUAGAUCUUAAGCUCAUAUAAUUUAAACACUAUUUUGAAUCUUAACAAAACAAGAGACUUUUUUUUUUUGUAUGGGGGGGUAUCAACCUAUAUGUACAAUGAAUUUAAUAAAUUUAAGUAUUAUCAGAUUUUUUGUGCAUUUUAGCUCAAUAAAGUGUGAAUCAGUUCC